GAAAAGGGGAGUUAGGGAGUUAGGGGGAGUGUUUGGAAGAUGUUGAGAUUAAAUUGUCUAGACUUCCAUCCCUUUGGUAGCAUGAGACACAAGCUCAGGACCCACUAGGGGUGGAUAUGUAUAUGUGGGAGUGAUGGUGUAAUGUAAAGGUCAUGGAACUUGGAGUCACCUCUCUGGACCUGUUUCCUCACUUGUAAGAUGAGAGAGUUGAACUAAAUAAUCACCAGUCUCUUCCUGGUCUACAGGGGUUAGUUGAAUCUAUGGGAGCUGAUGAAAUCCCCAAGGAUGUAGAGAGGAAGAGGUCCAAGAUAGAUUGGUGGGUUACUUCGCUACACAGAAGAAUAUUCAUCAAGGACACUAUAUUCAAGAGAAAGUUUACAUUCUAGGAUGAUGAAUGCUGACAUGGAUGCUGUUGAGGCUGAGAAUCAGGUGGAAUUGGAAGAGAAAACACGACUUAUUAAUCAGGUGUUGGAACUGCAGCACACCCUUGAAGAUCUUUCUGCACGAGUAGAUGCAGUCAAGGAGGAGAAUCUGAAACUGAAAUCAGAAAACCAAGUUCUUGGACAGUAUAUAGAAAACCUUAUGUCUGCAUCUAGUGUUUUCCAAACAACCGACACAAAAAGCAAAAGGAAGUAAGGAGUUAGUUUCUGGUUUCUUUCUUGGUAUUGCUGCUGGGCUUGCUUGUUUUUCUCCUUUUCAAUCUAUGUAGGCUCUCUACAAGUUAAAAAACAUUAGUUUGUGGUAUAGGCGAGUUGAGAGCAUUAACAUAAUUGGAGGUGCCAGUGAGUUUAUGUGUAUGUUAGACUUUGAAAAUGUGCAAAUGUAUUGUAGACACUUUAUAAUUAGAAUUGCAUAUAUUUGUUAAGAAAACUUGAAGAUGGAUGUUUUGUCAAUAUUGGAUUUAAUUUGUAGGGUUAAGCAAAUGGCUAACUCAUUACAAUAGAAUCACUGAAAGCUGGAAGUUAGCAAAAUAACUUCCAUUUUGUGGAAAAGUGACCAAGUUAUAUUCUAAAAUGUAUAGCUUUAUCUAACUUGCCAGCCAUCUUGUGCCUCUUUCCAUUGUGAUCUUUGUUCUCAUCACCACUUACCCUAAAAUUUGGUCACUUAACUUAAAAACAAAUACAAGAAGCCAAACCUUAGCUGUGAUGAACCAAAUAAAAGCUUUUCUCGACUGGGAUAUAUAUCGUAAUUUAAUGAGUUAGGCUUGUUGGUUUGCCUCUAACAAACUGAAGAAAAUAGACAAAUGGUAUUAAGGGAAAUUAAGAUUACAAAAUUAAGAUUCCUCUUUGGAACCUUCAUUUAUUAUGAGAAAUUAAUGUAUAUUCAUGAUAGGGACACAUGUAUUUCACAAAAAUAAUUCUAGAUUAGGUCUCAAAAGGAAAUAUAGGAGCAAACUGUAAACAAAUUAACUCCAAAUCCAUCCCAAUCCCAGUCUAAUCUCUGAUCCAGCUGGGGUUGUCAUUUGGGUAGGAGUCCUAAGUAGUUUAAGCCUGACUAUCCAUUAGUUAAAUGUCAGUCUUCAAGGUUUCUAAUGUUCAGAAAGAGUAACAUUUGCAAAAAAUUUUUUGGAGUUUAUCAGUAUUACAUACUUAAAAUGGCAGAGUUUUGCUUGUUCUACAAGUUAAUUAUCAAUUUUUGAACUCCCUAAUUAUCUCCAAACUCAACUAUUUGGAUUUUAGGCAUGUUUUCGUAAAUGUUUUUUUUUUUUUUAAAUUCCAGUACAGAUUCCACUUAGCAUGGGAAUCUGAGUAUCUGUUGAGAAUUAAACGUAAAACUUAGUUAUGGCAAAGGGAAAUAGACCCUCCAUUGUUUGUUACAAUAUUGGCUUUUAUUAGACUAGAGCCACUUUUAAUCAAGGAGUGAUCUUAUUUUUUUGUAUGGAUAUGAAAUUAGACAAAGUGAUUGAUUUUAGCUGUAUGUGUUGUGUGCGUGUGUGUAUGUGUGUGGUAUACAUACACAGAUAUAUAAAUAUACAGUAGUCAAAGUAAACAUUUUGCAUCCCAUUUGUGAACUUUUAUCUAAUUUAUGAACACUUAAAAUUGUAUUGCAAUUCUGAAUUUCUGUUAAAUAAAAGCUUUUUUUUUGA